AACAGUCGAACAUUGAUUCCCUUCUCCCGUAUAUUUUCUAUUUCAGACUUCGACCUUGAGUCUCUGACAAUUCAGAAUUGACCAAGCUAAAGAAAUCUUCAAAAUGUCGCCAAAAUAAUUCCCUUUUUCUCUAAUUUGUUUUCAUAGCUAAAUCUUUGAAGAAGUUUCAACAAUGGCGUCAUCGUUAUUAUCACCGACACAGAGGUACGCUGCAGGAACAUUAUACGCAAUAGCAGUUCACCAAGCCCAAAUUCAUCAGUCUAUUCCUUUGGGAUUACAUUUCGACGAAUAUGAUCAUCAACGAAUCAGUAAUGGAAGCAAUAGUAGCAAUGAUUCUGUUGCUGAAGAUCCUCAUCUUUGGGUUCAUCCUAAUUCUGGUCUUCUUCGUCCCAUUUUCCAGUUUUUGGAGAUUGAUUCAGUGGCGUGGUCUGGGAUCGAAGAGACUGCCGGUGCUUCUGAAGCUAGUCAUCAUGUUGGACCGUUUUUGAGAUUGCUUUCAGAGGACGCCAACGAAAGUUCUUCUGAAAUGAAGGAUCAAGAGCUUGCUUUGGCAAAAGGUGUUGAUUGUAUGGAAGCUAGCAUGGAGGCUUCUGCUAAUGCUGAAACUAAAAGAGAUAAACAGCGUGAGUAUGUGCAGGAACGGCGUGAAAAGUAUUCUGUACCUGAGAUAUCAGAGACACCAUCAACCUCUGAUGAGAAAGAAGUGGUCAAAUGUAUCCAGGAAAGAACUGUUGCAACUGUAUCGGAACAAGAUACCCAAUCUGGAUCUGAAUAUAAAUUUAAUGAAGAACCUCUCCAAGAGGAGAGAAAACUUAGCUAUGAGAGAAAAAUUACAGUGCUUUAUGAGCUUCUUUCAGCAAGUCUUGCAGCCAUGACGGAAACCAGUAAAAAGUCCAAGCAACGAAUGGGCUAUGAUGCGCGGUAUCGUGUUGCUUUAAGAUUGUUAGCAACAUGGCUUGAUGUCAAGUGGGUGAAAGUGGAGGCAAUGGAAACUAUGAUUGCAUGCUCUGUUAUGGCUUUAGUGAAGGAGGAAGAAUCCAAAAAAGAAGAAACCGAUACUGAGAAAAAUUCUUGGUCCAAAUGGAAGCGUGGAGGCAUCAUCGGAGCUGCUGCAGUAACAGGAGGAGCCUUGAUGGCUAUUACAGGAGGACUAGCUGCUCCUGCAAUUGCUGCUGGAUUUAGUGCUUUAGCCCCCACAUUGGGCACUAUUAUCCCUGUGAUUGGAGCAGGUGGUUUUGCAGCCGCAGCUAGUGUUGCCGGUUCUGUUGCUGGUUCUGUUGCCAUUGCUGCCUCAUUUGGAGCUGCUGGAGCUGGCCUCACAGGUACCAAGAUGGCACGUAGGACCGGAAAUAUCGAUGAGUUUGAGUUCAAAGCUGUAGGAGAGAACCAUGGACAAGGACGACUAGCAGUUGGGAUUUUGGUUUCAGGAUUUGUCUUUGACGAGAAAGACUUUAUAAUGCCUUGGGAAGGACUAACUAAUAACCUGGAGAGGUAUGUGCUGGUAUGGGAGUCGAAGCAUCUAAUUGCUGUCAGUACUGCAAUACAAGAUUGGCUCAGUUCAAGUAUUGCUUUGACGUUGAUGAAGCAAGGAGCUAUGAUGACAGUGCUUAGCACACUUAUUACAGCUUUAGCUUGGCCAGCCACUUUGCUAUAUCUUACCGAUCUAAUAGACAGCAAGUGGACAAUUGCAGUGGACAGAUCUGACAAAGCUGGAAAGCUGCUCGCUGAAGUUCUGUUGAAAGGAUUACAAGGGAACAGGCCUGUCACACUUGUAGGUUACUCACUGGGAGCUAGGGUCAUUUUUAGGUGCCUCCAGCAUCUGUCUCAAACUGAACAUAAAGCUAAUCUUGUUGAAAGAGUUGUUAUUCUCGGAGCGCCCAUCCCCAUCAAAGAUGAGAACUGGGAAAAUGUUCGAAAGCUUGUUGCUGGAAGAUUUAUCAAUGUUUAUUCUCGCAAUGACUGGAUGCUGGGUGUCGCCUUUCGUGCAAGCCUACUUUCCAAGGGGUUAGCAGGAAUCCAAGCAGUGGACGUACCAGGCAUUGAGAAUGUAGAUGCAACUGAUAUGAUUGAAGGUCAUUCAUCCUACUUAUGGAUCACACAAGAGAUUUUGGAUCAACUCGAGUUGGACACCUAUUUUCCAGUUUUCCGAACCCCUAAAAAGUAGAGCAUAGCACAACUCGUUUUAAUUAUUUGAUCCUCGUCGUAAAGUUCUGCUAAAUGUCAGCACGACCAGGACUUAGUCAGCUGACCUUUUGUGGAAACACAUUACUGUCUUUGGUGCUGAGAGUGAGUGUUUGUGGUGUACAGUCUCAGUCAUAGAUUAUAGAUUCAUAGUUGUAACUAACGAAGUAUGAUGUCAUUGUAAUAAAGGAUCCACCUCUAGUUUAAGAACACCGUGAUCUCCCUACACCUGAAAACCCAAAUAGAAGCCUCAAGCCUGUACUUAACACGAGAUAUCUUAGGUAACAUGUCUCUUAUGAUUUCCAUACAAAUAGUCUGUUUAGGCCUGUCGAAAGAAAAGAGCUUGUACUUUGUAUGCCACUUUGUAUGCCAUUAAACACUGUGAUUGUAAAAUGUAUUUUUUCCAUUAGACUGUAAUUGAAGACUGACGAGUAUAAAUACCAAGCUUGUAUUCGUGUA